CUUAUAUUCGAUGCUUCUGCUUGGUCCCCUUAGCCUCCGCCUCUUUCAUUCUCUCACACCCUAGAGCACUUAUUCAAGGUCUGAAAGCGCGGCGUCAUCAAAUGGCCAAGGAGACCGGCUGGCGCCUCCUCAUCGCCAACCGCGGCGAGAUUGCAAACCGCAUCCUGCAAACUUCCAAGCGGUUGGGCUACUACUCCAUCUCGAUAUACACGCCCCACGAUGUCUCCAGCCCGCACGUCACCGGCGCGGAUCUCGCACUCCCCGUCUCAUCCUACACCAGCAUCGACGAGAUCGUGUCCCUGGUACGACAGCACCGCGUUCGCUUCGUGAUCCCCGGCUACGGCUUCCUUUCCGAGAACGAGCAGUUCGCGACCGCUGUCGAGGAUGCCGGGGCGGCUUUUGUCGGACCCGAGCCGCGGCACAUUGCGACCUUUGGUAUCAAGGACCGUGCGAGGGACCUGGCUGCGAGCGUCGGUGUUCCGACGUGCCCCGGUUCAGGGAUACUGGAGUCAGCGGAUGAUGCUGCACUGGCUGCCGCGAGCAUCGGCUAUCCCGUUAUGCUCAAGGCAACAGCCGGCGGCGGUGGCAUGGGUCUACUAAUAUGUCACGAUGAGGAGCAACUCCGUUCCUCUUUUACCAGCGUUGUGAGUCGAGGCAAGGCGCUCUUCUCUAACCCUGGCGUCUUUUUGGAGCGAUACUACCCCGUGUCCCGUCACAUCGAAAUCCAGAUCUUUGGCGACGGGCGCGGCGAUUGCGUGGCUCUUGGAGAGCGCGAGUGCUCCAUCCAGCGGCGACACCAAAAGGUCAUCGAGGAGUCUCCCAGCCCCUUUGUUGAGUCGCGGCCGCACCUGCGGAAGCGCCUCCUCGAGGUCUCGCAGCUGCUAGGGCGGACCAUCAGCUACCGAUCUGCGGGGACCAUCGAGUACCUUGUCGAUGAUGAGACGGCAGAGUUCUUCUUUCUGGAGAUGAACACGCGCCUCCAAGUCGAGCAUGGCAUCACCGAGCUGCGUUUCGGCAUAGACCUCGUCGAGCUGAUGCUCAGGCAGGCCGAGGCGCCGCUAGAUCUGGACGAGUUACGGUGCAUGGCUCCCUCUGGACACGCCAUCGAGGCGCGCGUGUAUGCAGAGAACCCUCUUCGGGAGUACAUGCCCAGCCCAGGGCAACUACAGCACGUCGAGUUCGCCUGCGCGCCGUCCAUCCGGAUCGACAGCUGGGUGCGGACCGGAACGAACGUGACGCUCGCCUACGACCCCUUGGUAGCCAAGAUGAUGGGGCAUGGCGAGAGUCGAGAGACGGCGAUAGACGCGCUGCUGCAGGCCCUCCAAGACAGCAAGCUGCAGGGCAUAGUGACCAACGCCGACUUUCUGGUCAAGAUUCUCAGCUCGCAGUCGUUUGAACAGGGGCAGACGACGACAAACUUUCUCAACACCUUCCGGUAUACCCUCCGGGUGAUGGAGGUCAUCUCCCCAGGAAGCUACACCACGAUCCAGGACAUGCCUGGUCGAGUUGGCAUUGGUUUCGGUAUUCCAGAGUCGGGUCCUAUGGAUCCCUUGCAUGCCCAGCUAGCCAGCUGCAUUGUCGGCAACGACCGUGGCUGUGAGCUCCUCGAGGCCACCUUCACCGGACCGAAAGUCAGGUUUCAUCAACGAGCCAUCUUCGCACUGGCCGGGGCGACGGUCGACCCUCAGCUGGACGGGGUCGCGGUUCCAAUGUACACGCGCGUCGAGGCCUCUGCGGGUUCAAUGCUGGACAUUGGUACAAUUUCGGGGGGGUGCCGCACCUAUCUUGCUAUCAAGGGCGGGUUUCCUGGGGUGCCCUUGUAUCUCGGCUCAAAGGCGACAAGCCCCGUCGUUGAGAUUGGCGGGCUUCAGGGUCGCCAACUCGUCGCGGGCGACAUGCUCGACAUUGCCGACCCGGGAGUCUUUGAACCCUUUCAGCUUUCUACCUCCCUCAUCCCCGUUUGGGACCCGUCAGUGGUCUACUGUCUCUCCGGCCCUCACGACUCCCCAGACAUCAUGACGCCCGCCGAUGUCGACGCCAUUUACACGAGCGACUGGACCGUCUCGCACCAAGCUUCGCGCAUCGGCGUGCGCCUCCAUGGGCCGCAACCUCGAUGGGCGAGGGAGACAGGUGGAGAGGGUGGCUCACAUCCCAGCAACUACCUCGACUACCCAUACUCCAUGGGGGCUCUGAACUGGACCGGCGACUCGGCCGUCAUCUUCCCCGCCGACGCUCCCUCGCUCGGGGGGUUUAUCACGUCCCACGUGGUCCCGCGCGCGGAGCUGUUCAAGGUAGGCCAGAUGAAACCGGGAGAUAAGUUUCGAUUCACUCCGAUACGCAUGGAAUCCGCCACGGAUCUUCGAAAAAGGCAGGCUGUAUUCAUAGACAGGGUAUCUGCCCUCGUGUCGAGCGGCUCAGGCGACGUUACCCCCCUGGACCUGUCGAUCCCGUGCCGCGACGAGAUAGCACGCCACUCAACCGCCAUCAUUGGCACGUACAAGGAGGCCACGAUCAGACAGGCCGGAGACUCGUACAUAUUGUUGGAGCUCCUUCAGUCCCUUCAGCUCGACGUCCGAUGCCGAGUCCAGGCCGUGACAGCGGCCCUUAACCGCGCCGCGAUCAACGGCGUGCGCCUCACCACACCCAUCGGUUGCAGCAUCCUGGUCGAGUAUGACUGCUGCGAGAUACCGCAGCGUGGCCUCGUCGAUGCCGUCAAGGCUGUCCUCGCUGCUGAGCUAGGCUCCGACCGCCCGUCGACGAAGCUCUCCAGCCGGCACAUCCGCCUCCCGAUGGUCUUCGAUGACAAGGUCAACAAAGACGCCAUAGAGCGGUACAUGGCCACUCAGCGGCCGUACGCGACAUACCUGCCCGACCCGGUCGAGUUCAUCGCGCGAUCCAACGGGCUGGCGUCCAAGCAGGACAUCCUGGACAAGCUCCUCAGCACGCGCAUCCUCGUCGUCGGCGUCGGCUUCUGGAGCGGCACACCCAUUGGCAUCCCGCUCGACCCACGGGCCCGUCUCGUCGUGCCCAAGUUUAAUCCCUCUCGCACGUUUUCUCCUGCCGGUGGUCUCGGCAUUGGCGGGUGCUUCUUCUCCUGCGACCCCGUUGACGCCCCCGGCGGCUACGUCAACUUUGGACGCACACUCCCCGGGUGGGACAAGUUCUGCGUCAACAAGGUGUUUGGGGACCGUCCGUGGCUGUUUGAGAACUUUGACCAGCUCAGCUUCUACGCCGUCGACGAGGACGAGUUUGAGCGCAUUUACAGCCGCUUCCAGGCCGGCAAGUUCGAUUUCGACAUUGAGCACACCGAGUUCGACGUGGACGAGUAUGCGCGCUUCUGCGCGAGCGUCGCCGACGAGGCCGCGGUUUUUAGGGCCAGACAGGAAGCGGCAACGGCCAUAGAGGUUGAGAAGGAGAAAGUCCUGUGGGCACAGUGGCAGGAGGAGCAAAGGUUCGAGAAAGACCCGCUGCCGUCGCUUGACGAUAUAGAUGACUCGCUCAAGGUACAGUCCGGCAUGCAUGCGAGCAUUUACAGGAUGCACGCGAAAAGGGGCUGCUCAAUCAAAGAAGGGGAGGUGCUUGCCGUUCUGGAAGCCAUGAAAAUGGAGGUCAACGUUGUGGCCACUCGAGCGCAAGUCGGGUUGACCAUCGAGAGCAUUGUGUGUGUGCAAGGCGACCUUGUCAAGCCUGGCGACACCAUGAUUGUCUUGUCGAGGUCUCAAGACGGGUCCGAAGGCCAUUAGAUUGCGCUGCAAUGGUACCGAAUCAAAGGCUCUAUUCACGCUGCAAUGGAUUUGUGGCAAACACUGUCAGGCAUCACCUUUCAUGUUGGUAUUUUACCUCAUUUGGCUAUCUGCGCGGAGCCAUUCAUUCGCGCACGCUUUCGUCAAGGAACCAAGUUGGAAGCGAGCAUGGCCUCGAACUCGUCAUAGUCGACUCCGCCGUAGAGCUUCAUAUGCUCCCAG